AAAUACGUCGCAGUACGUGUUAGUCGUUAGAUGUUUAGCAUACCCUUGAGUUACAGUAAAUGAAACAUAUUGUGUACAAAGGAAUAUUUACUACCAUCAAGAAAUGUGAAAGUGUGUAAUUGUGGAAAUGGAGAUAAUUCAAUUAAUUCUAAUACUGCAGUUAUUCCUCGUCACAGUUAUAAAAGGACAAUGCUUUGGAAAUGGCACCUGUGUCUGUCAUUGUGUAGACUGCAGUGAAAAGUGUACGACUUGUUUGCCUGGUUGGGGUGGAUCCAAAGACUACAAUUGUCAAAGGCGGAACGUGUUAUAUCGGGCAGCAGCAGGAGAUGAUAAAGACGAUAAAAAUAAAUUACUAGAUGAAGAUUUUUCAACUUCUUUGGAGAAUAAGGACUAUAAGCCAUUUUUGAGAGUCCAACUAAAUAAGUCAAUAACAAUAGACAAACUAGACAUCACCCUUCUUCUCGAGCGGGGUAUAAAUUAUACAGUUUACAUCAAAGAGAUGGCGUAUGUUAGGACCAUGGAUGUGAUAUGCAACAAGUUGGACCAGAGCGACAACACCGGGAAGAGAACUGUGUCAUUAACUUGUUAUAAGCCGCUUUCUGGAAAAUAUCUUGAAAUCGUUUCUACAGAGAAAACACGUGUACAAAUAUUUGAAAUUCGAUAUUUUGAAUGCACCAACGGAACUUUCGGUGAAAAUUGCAGCAGCGUUUGUCCGUCCGACUGUGGAAUUGACUGUAAUAUUAAUGCAGUGGAUUGUGUUUGUCAAAAGGGUUUCUUCGGUAAAAUUUGCAACCAGACAUGCUCUGAAUCGUGCGAUGAAAGUGGGUGCAAUUUUCUCACAAGCGAAUGCUUAAGUUGCAAAAAUGGAUAUUUUGGACCUCUGUGUGAGAAAAACUGCUCAUUUGGUUGUCAGGGAUCUUGUGGUAGGGUAUCUGGAAACUGUGCAUGCAAACCAGGCUUCUUCACAUCAAACUGUUCUAAACAAUGUUCAUUUAAUUGUAAUAGGAAGGUAUGUAAACAAAGUGAGGGAAAAUGUUUGGUUUGCAAAGAUGGCUAUUACGGUGAUUUCUGUGAACAUACAUGCAUUGGAAACUGCGAACAAGGAUGUGAAAGAUCUACAGGUAUCUGCGAUGCAUGCACAAAAGGUUUUUACAGUCAUUUCUGUAAUACUUCAUGUUCUGAAAAUUGCAUGGGAGACACCUGCUCUGGAGACGGUUCCUGUUAUCAGUGUAAACCAGGACUCAAAGGGGGACAAUGCUAUGAAAACUGUCCAGAACAUUGUACGCAAUGCAUGCAAUAUGACUACGAAUGUUCUCAUUGUGAAAAUAAGUGGUUCGGCCUACAAUGUGCAGAGAAGUGCCCUGCUGGAUGUGGAGGAAAUGGUUCGUGUGAAAUCAAAUUGGCUAAAUGUCAUGUUUGUGCAGUAGGAUAUUUUGGCAGUCAGUGUGAUCAGAAAUGCAGUCCAUAUUGCGAUUUAAAUGCGGCAUGUGACACUGGGGUCUGUGAACGUUGUAUUCCUGGUAGAUAUGGCAGUGACUGUGAAAGUCAAUGUAGCCAGAACUGUUUAAACUUUACAUGCCUAAGUAAUCAAACAUGCAGUCACGGAUGUAGCGAUGGUUGGUUUGGGAAUAUAUGUAAUCAGGAAUGUAAUGCAGCUAUCUCAAAUUGUGCACAAUGCUCCUUUAUGGACAGUGAUACUCCAGUAUGUCACAAAUGUGCAGGUUCACGGUUUCUUAAAGGAUCGCGAUGCGUGAAGUGUCCAGAAAACUGUUCCUCUUGUGAAUCUGAAAAACACUGCACAGUGUGUAGUAAUGAUGUUAGCUAUGGUAACACAUGUAACAUUCCGUGCAGUGGUGAUUGUAUAAACAAGACGUGUGACAUGACUGGGAAUUGUCUACAUGGCUGUAACAACAGUAAAUACGGUAUUGAAUGUGAUAAGGACUGCGCAGAAGGAUGCAGGCUAUGCUAUGGUGUUUUAAAUUGCACUACAUGCCAGGCAGGCUGGACAAAUUUGAAUGCAAACUGUACCGUUGGGGAAGACUGUAUAAGAAAUUCAGCACUGUGUGGAAUAGUGGAUGGACUUGAAUGCACCAAAGGAACUUUCGGUGAAAAUUGCAGCAACGCAUGUGUGUUAGAUUGUGGUGUUGACUGUGGUAUUACUGCAGUGGAUUGUGUUUGUCAAAAGGGGUUCUACGGUAAAUUUUGCAACCAGACAUGCUCUGAAUCGUACGGUGCAAGUGGAGGCAAUUUUCUCACAGGUGAAUGCUUGAGUUGCAAGAAUGGAUAUUUUGGACCUCUGUGUGAGAACAACUGCUCACUUGGUUGUCAGGAAUCUUGUGACAAGGUAUUUGGAAACUGUACGUGCAAACCAGGCUUCUUCGCAUCAGACUGUUCUGAAAAAUGUCCAUUUAAUUGUAAUAGGAAGGUAUGUAAAAAAGAAAUUGAGGGAAAAUGUUUUGUUUGCAAAUAUGAAUAUUACUAUGAUUUCUGUGAAUAUACAUGUAUUGGAAACUGCGAACAAGGAUGUGUAAGAUCUACAGGUAUCUGCGGUACAUGUGCAAGAGGUUUUUACAGUCAUUUCUGUAAUACUUCUGUAAUACUUCAUGAAAAAUGCAUGGGAGACACCUGCUCUGGAGACGGUUCCUGUUAUCAGUGUAAACCAGGACACAAAGGGGGCAAUGCUUUGGAUACUGUCCAGAACAUUGUACGCAAUGCAAGCUAUAUGAUAACGAAUGUGUUCAAUGUGAAAAUGGGUUGUUCAGCCUAAAAUGUGCUGAGAAGUGUCCAGCUGCAUGGGGAGGAAAUGGAUCAUGUGAAAUUAAAUCGGGUAAAUGUCAUGUUUGUGCAGUAGCAAUCUAAUUAAAAUUAGAUGUUAGAUCCGCUCGCGUACUCGCAUACAUAACAUCUAACAACAUCCCUAUAGGAAUGAGAGUACCAAACCCCCGUAUGCGUAACCCGGACGGAGUUUACCCAAGAUUGAGCGGAGGUAUAAAUGUCUAGGUGUUGCGUGAUUGGCUAAUAUCAAGAGUGAAAUUAUUUGGAAUUGAAAGAAAUAUUAUAGAGGUUCAAAUUAAUUGUCAGGAUGAAAAAUUAUCGCACAAAAUCGAGAAAUGACUGAGGAAAUUACCAUGAUAGGGGUGUGCUUAAUAUGAAGUGUGUAAUUUACUGCAGAUUGCUAUGUGUUGUAAAAAAGUACAAAUAUGGCCUAUAAAAGGCACGGGACCCUAUAUAUUUUUUGUCAUUUUUUAUCAACACUUGGAAUGAACUUUGAAAUGUUUGCGGUCAUUUGUUUAAAAUCGAUAUAGUUAAUUAGUGAGAGGGUCAAAGGUUAACAUUGAGGUCUAUGGGAAAUGAAUUGGUACUCUUUUCCCAUAGAGGGUCACGUCAGAGGUCAAAUUUAUGUAAAAAUAUCGUCCAAUCAUUGCGAAGACGGAAGAACCCUUUGUGACAAAUGAGAAUCAGUUGUACAAAUUACGUUUGGUUGUUGAAGGAAAAUGGCGGCGAAAGACAGUACAAGCGAGGCGAUUGAAAACGUGUUGAAAAAAAUUAAUAUCCAAACUUUAAAACGCGAACAACGACAGGUGUUACAGUGUCUGUUAGACAGGGUAGACUGUAUGGCGGUCCUCCCGACUGGAUUUGGAAAAUCUCUGCCCUUCCAGAUGUUAAUCCCUGUCCAGAGAGAGAUGGGUAGCAAUAUUGGGAAAAUAAUUGUGUGUUGCCCAUUGAUUUCCCUGAUGCAGGACCAAGUGGCACAUUUACAGGAAAAUUCAGAUGUGACAGCUGCAUAUAAAGGUUAGUGUGUUUACUAUUGUUUUGAAUAUUGCGAAGUCGAAUUCAAUUGAAUAUGUGAUUUAUAAGCGUUGUGGGAAUCAUAUUGUGUAAAUUAACCGACAUUGAAUAUUCGAUCUCAUGUUUUUAAAAAAGAAAACUUAAACUUUAAGAUUCUCGUAUCAUAGUUUGACAUGUAUUAUUUAUUAGGUUAAUGUGCCCAAUGUUAUUCACCCCAUGUCUUAUAUCCUGCAAUUUUCAUAUAUAGCUUUUCAAAGCUAUUUGAAAUGAAUUGAUUAAGCUAGUUUAGACUGAACUUCUAAAAUGCAAUGGCAUAGCCAUAAAGUUGCAAAAUAACUUUGGAACAUCUUUAUACAUAGUUGAAGUAUUUUUCACAAUGUGUUUUGUGGAGUACAAUGAUGAAAUAUUUUCACUCAGUAAAAUUUAAUUUUUAUGCUCUUACAAAUCCAUCUGAUAAAAGAUAUGAAAUAGCUAAAUCAAGUUGUUUCAAGUAGAUUUUGUUAGCCAUACAGCUUUAUAGCUAAAUAUAUACAGAUUGUGUUGAACCUGAUUGUAUUUGCACAAGUACUCUGAAGUUGAAAUAAAAAAUAUGCUAGAGUUCCUCAUUGACAAUAUCUUCGUGGUCUUUGGUGAUCAGGUCUUCCAACAGUCUGUUGGAAUUCCCAUGGGCACGAAUUGUGCUCCUUUGUUAGCUGACCUGUUUUUAUAUUCAUAUGAAGCAGAAUUUAUUCAAAAACUUCUACGUGAGAAGAAAAAAUCUCUCGCUGUGACCUUCAAUUCGACUUUUAGAUAUAUCGAUGACGUUUUGUCUAUAAACAAUGAUAGGUUUCAUUCAUAUGUCGAUUUGAUAUAUCCCUGUGAGCUCGAAAUAAAGGACACCACAGAGUUAUCCACUUCUGCUUCAUACUUAGAUAUUUUAUUGAAAGUAGACAUUAACGGCAAACUAACAACUCAACUGUAUGACAAACGGGAUGAUUUCAGCUUCUCCAUCGUCAACUUCCCACAUUUAUGUAGCAAUAUUCCAUUAUCACCUGCAUAUGGUGUUUAUAUAUCUCAACUGAUUCGAUAUGUAAGAGCUUGUUCAGGGUAUAGUCAGUU